AUGUCCAAACCUCUAACUUAAACAUUGAUUGCUUAGAAAGCUAAGACAGAAGCUUUGUACAGCAUCAAAUCACUGAACUUAUGGGGCAACGAUCUUGACGACAUCUCCAUUAUUGAAAGACUCCCUAAUCUUGAAGUUCUUUCCUUGUCCGUGAAUAGGAUUACUACUCUUGCUGAUAUCGCAAAAUGCAAGAAUAUAAAAGAACUCUACUUGAGAAAGAACAAUAUUUCAAGUAUUACAGAAUUGCAAUUCCUAUAACAUUUACCGAAAUUGAAAGUUUUAUGGCUUCAAGAAAAUCCAAUUGCUGAUCAUCCAAAUUAUAGAGAUGCUGUAAUUUGCAAUUCUUAAACACUUGAAAAAUUGGAUGAUGUUGUUAUUAGUCAACAAGACAGAGCAAAUGCUUAGUAAUAAUUGUAAUAUGGAAUUUCGUAAAGCCCACCAACAAAGAUUCAAAAAGUAGAGGAGGAAAUGCCACAAUAUGUUGAAGUUAUUAAACCAAAUCAAUACUCUCCAAAUAAUGGCGGAGGGAGAUAUUCAAAUUAACGAGAAUAAUAAUCAAAUCAAUAACGACAAUCAUUAUAGCAAUCAUAUCAGUAGCCACAAUAAUAGUAACAGUUCUAUCAAUAACAAUAAUAGCAAUUAUAAAGAGAAAGAGAAUAAUAAUAUUUGCAACAAUAAUAAUAUCAAUAAUAACUGUAGCAAUAACAAUAAUCACAAUUAUUUCUAUAACAAUAAUAAUAACAAUAACAAAUAUCAAGAUAAGUCGUGAAAUCAGAUUAUGCUGAUGAAGAAAGAAAUUCAAACAUAUUAUGCGCCAUCCUAUCUCUUCUAAAAGAAUUAGAUAAAGCCACAUUAGAAGCGGUCUAAAGAGAAGUAUAUGAUAAAUUAUAAUAAUAUUAAGAGUGA